GGAAUUCAUUGUUUGUUUUCAAUAAAUACAUAACACAUAUUUGUCUGUACAGUAUUCGAUCGUGUUAAAUUGAUAUGACCGAACGCUAUGUAGAAGAGACUAGCUAUUGCUUAAAUGAACCAUAAACGAUGGUGUCACGACGAAACAAGGCCAAAACCUUUGCUGUCUUCCUACUAUGGAUAACGAAGGGUUUGUACCUGGAAGCGCUAGGACCUGCUAUGAUAGAUCUCCGUCUCAUAUACGCCACAAACUAUGCGUCCGUGACGCGCGCUGUAGCUGGCCGUGGCGCGGGCUGCUUUAUUGGUGCGGCGGUAGGGGGCGUAUUGAUUGAUAGGUGGCCGAGCCUCCUAGAGCUCUGGUGCGCCGUCUUCACCACGGUGGCGGGCCUUGGCGUCUCUAUGGUAACUUACCUGCCGUCAAUCGAUCACGUGUGGCUCCUCUAUCUUCUUCUCGGUGCCGCCAGCAGCAUCGUCAACAUUGCGGGAACGAAGCUUGCUCUUAGCAUGUGGAAAGAAAAAAGUUCCAUCAUUCUGCAGUUGCUACAUAUGGGGUUCGGGGUUGGUGCCCUGCUCGGUCCGCUCAUGUGUACCCCGUUCCUCGCCGUGAUGGAACAGACCGGAACGCAACCCGUUAGGGUCGUCACAGAGUCACGUGUGCACGUGGCAUUCCUCCUCAUUGGAAUAAUUACUUUACUGGUCGCUGUGCCGUUUUAUUCAUUCCAGUUCACAAAUCACAAUCAUAGUAAAAUUAAGAAUGAUUCAAAAACAGAACCAAUGAUAAGAGUGACAUCUACUAGUAAAACUUGGAAAGAUCAUAUAAAUCCCGCAUCCUAUGCAGACGGCAAUUUCACGUUCGGUGCAUGUGUUUUUUUGUUUAUUUCGUUUUACUUCUUCGUUCUCUUAGGCGGUGAAAAGACGUACGUAAGUUUUGUGAGAACAAUAUCAGUGGACGUGUUCAAGCUGGGAAAGAACGAGGCCUCUUACUUGAACUCCGUAUUCUGGAUGAGUCUGACCGGCGGUAGGUUUGUCGGAUCGUUCGUUUCGCAUUUUGUGAGUACUCGGGCCAUGAUUACCGUCAUGGUGUUACUGAACGCAAUAUCGUCCACGCUGUGCAACAUGUACGGACUUACGGACGCUCAAGUGUUGUGGGUUUUCACUGUCCUGGAGGGCUUCCUUAUAGCGCCGAUGUAUCCGCUUGGUGUCGCCUAUUCGAACAGUUUGAUCAACUUAUCAGGCUUUUGUCUGAUGUUGAUUGCGCUGAUGGGCGGCCUUGGUGAUAUGAUAUUCCUGUGGUCCGCCGGCCGCGUGUAUGACCAGCAGGGCGCCCCCGCCAUCUUUCGAAUGGUGAACGCCGCCUUCGCCCUCCUUGCCGCCGUGCUGCUUGUUUUCCGGAUAGCCACGCGCUCGUGCACUACUCAUACAAAGUAAUUAUAGACUACAGCAUCGACGUAAGUGCACGAUUACGAGUAGCGGACUUAGAACUCGCUUGUGAGCUAGUAUAAUUUGAUAGGGACUACACACAUCGACAGACACACGACCAGACAAGUUAAAUGGCACCAAUAUGUAAACAUUACCAUAUAUAUUGGUUUAACAUGAUUUGAAAUACAAGUAUUUCAGCAGACAUGUAAAACUCUAUAGUGAUUUGUUGAAUGUACAACCUCUGUCUCAACUCAAUUCUAUAGAGCAAUUCUCUCGUCAAAAAAUAGUGACUACGCAGUUUGUUACAAACUCAUAUUUCAGUUCUUAGUAUGGAGUUAUAGGGUUUAACAUUGAUACCAUUACAACACCAGCGGAAGUGACGUGUUUAUUGAGUAAAACAUCGUAACCCGGGCUCUCACCUGAUUUUAAUGAGCGUAUAACCUUUUCUAUUUCUGAUUUAUAGAAUUAUUUUGCAAGUGGUAAAAAAUUGUCAUGUGGGUUGUGUGGUCAGUUGUGGUAUUCUAGUUCUUUUUUUCAGAUUUUACAUCAAUAUCGUUCUGUUUUGACGGGUCUCCUGGGACAUUAUUGAAAUUUAUUUCUAAACCAUCGACUACAUUUCAUCAAUGUAAUCAUUAUAUGUAUCAUAAUUGUAUUGUUUCGUUGCAAAUAUCAAAAUUUGACAGCUAUUCUUUUUUUUAAAAGCUCCCAAAAAGCUUUAUUUUCACAGCACUGUCGCUACAACGUUCUACAGGUAGCUUUUGCAUGUUUAUAAUUAACGUACGGCACGUGUGCCUGUCCCCUUGGUUCACCAUGUAGAAACCAUAUGUAUCUAUACCGACGCGAUUGCGCAUGUGCGGCCUAAA